AAAAGAAGGAUUUGUAUUUAAUGAUUGGUGGGGAAAGAGGGAAGUUAAAUGCUAGUUUGCACUUAGGACUGGGGCAGGAAUCACAUGUGAUAACAGGAUGUUAAAAACACAGUGUAAUUCUGUCUGUGAAGAUGUCACCAUUCUGCUGCAACGAGCUGAUGAAGUUGUGCUACAGCCCCACAGGGAGAGACAGGGUGUUUCAUUCACUUUUCAAUUAAUUACGUUUGGUUGUGACUCACUCAUGACUGGGGAGGCUGGUUUGGACCUUUCUGAUCAAAGCAGUUAUGUCUGUCUUCUGCCACUCUCCUCCACUCCCCGAGAUGGCAGUCUGUACUAGACAUGAACUGCUGCUGUGCAGCUGAACCCUGUGACAGUUUGGUCCUGCCCCCAAGAAAAGGGCUGAAACUGCCUUGUUGUAGGCUCUGUGGUGUAGUAUAGUCCAGCCUCAAAAAGGCUGAACUGUUCUAAAGGUGUUGUCCAAACAAGACUUUUAAAAUGGAAAUUCUGCUCAUCUUCAGUGUUGUGUUUUCUGUACUUAAAUAAUGAAUGGGGGCCAAUAUGCUUAACCUCUUAUUGUGUAUAGUGAGUAUAGAGGAUGCUCUACAGUUUAGGGGUAAAAAAAAGUCCCACAGAUCUAGGAAUAAAUCACAGCUCAUAUCCUUCUGGAUAACCUGCAAAAAAUUCUGCUAUUAUGCAAAAACUUGGCUCAUCUCUUGAUGUUGAAUGUACAUGUAUCUAUCCCAUCAAAAACUGUAUCUAGGCUGACUUCCUUAAUGAGUACCAUGUAUAUUUCCAGAUAUCCUGCCAUGGUACAAAGUACUCCACAGUACUUUGAAUACGCUGUCAUUGUGGCAAAACAAUGCAGUUAAUUGGAAAAGAUCAUAAAGCCCACUAAAAUGGAAAAUAAUAUUUAGUACUGUUGCAUAUGUGUAUAGUGGGGAUCGUACACUUUUGAAAUAUGGAGCAGGCUUCUGUUAAAGUCUGUAGAAUAUGUGAAAGCCAAUACCUUUGGUUUCUCAUACAUAACCAUUGCAAAAAAAAAGUCCUAUUUUGGAUGGUAACAUGUGAGAGGAAAUAGGACAUAAAAAUGAACACUAACGGCUUGUAGAGACAGAGUGCAGGGCAAUUCUCCAAACCAUGUGUUUCCUCUAGUAUUAUGGACAAUUAAAUUAAUCAGUGUUUGAAGUCUGGAUGACCAACAGAGGUGAACACAGUACUGAGAGUAUUAUACUAAUUCUGUGUUAAUCAAUGAACCAAUAACUUUUCCUUUUUCAUAAGCUGGGCUUGUUUUACAAGCAACAUGCUCCAUAGUCUUGGUGCUUGUUGAACAGAAAGGAGAGAGACUAAAAAUCCAAAACUUAACCAAACCAGGAAACAGAUGGUAAAGACUAGCUUUAUAGUUGGAGAGGAUAAAGAAUUUUUUUCUUGCGUAAAUGUUUCUUUAUUCCAAAUCUUGCAUCCUGUCCCUUUCCUUGCAGGUUUUACUUCCCUAGGAGCUUUCCUGCAUUCAUCAUUCAAUUUUUGGAAUAUCUUACACGUGAUCCGAGCAGAAAGGCUUGCGUGCUCAUGCAUUCUCAGAAAUGCCUUUGCUAGCAGGAUUGGUAUCUCGGAGGAGUGUGAAUGUUUGCUUCUGCUUGAGUUUUCUGCACUAAAAUAUUCAUCUCCCAAUUUUCACCGUACAUCCUAGUGCACCAUCUCGAAGUGUGAGAUAGAAAUACUUGUGGGCAAUUGGAAAGAAGUGUUGUGUCCUUUGUCCUGCUGUACAACUGUGGCUUCUUUCUUUGCUGUAGCCUGAGCUUUACUUUGCACAUGCUGUGGUUAUGGAGCACGUGCUCUUUGUAGCUGUCACAUAGGAAUGCUUUUGUCUCCUUGCCGGCUGUAAAGUUUUCAUAAUGGACAAGAGCUCUUGAGGAAGCCACUGACUUAACUCAGCAUAUUCUGUGAUUCACUUAAAAUGUAGAACGAGCACUCCAAAAAAAACUCAGUUUGGAGAAUGCAAAAAGAGGGGUCAGGCUAAGCUAAAUGUAUGGGUCUGUGUUGUGUCGAAUGCUGCUUCAGCUGAGUGGCAGUAACUCUGCAAAGAAAGCACCCCACACAACUGCAGCAUGCACAUUUGUUUCUACCAGUACAUUUGUAUGGUGCUGGAAUAUGAAAUAAGGGCAGUCUUUCAAAGCAGUUAUAUAUAGUUCCACACGCCACACUUGAGCUGUAAGAUAUAUUGACAAAAGCAGUCAAGAGCUGCUGUCAGUGUGUAAUUUCACCAAAUUCUGCUGCCUGUGCUUCUGCUGCAUCAGUUUAAAAUAGUAACCUCUCUUUAUCCUGUUGCCUGCACAAUGCAAGUCCUUAACAAUCAGUUUUGUCUUCCUUUGUGAUAGCAACUGCUAGUAAGAUUGUGUCAUUCCCACAGGGCCUCGUGCAGUGGUCCAAAAGCUUAGUUAGUUUGGGUUAUUCUGGACUUUGUCCAGAAGUGGAAAGUCAAAUUUUAAAAACAGUGUUGCAGCUCCAGCAUCGCUUAAGAGUUGGGAUUUUUUUUUUAAUACAUACUAGAUAUGAAACAGGCAGGAGUUGUCUGUUGCUCAUACUUUGCCAGUGGAAGAAAAAAUUAGGAUUACAUAGUCAAUGGAGGAAAAAACCCCAGAACUUUGGGUGUCCUCCAGUUCCUGCCAGUGGGAGAAAUGUGUUUGUUUUAGCAUGACACAGAAUAGAUGUAAACAUUUCUUUUUAAACCUCCCUGUGUGGUCACCUCAGUUAUUCGGGAUGAUGUAAGCCACUGGCUUUCUCCCUUAAGUGGUUGUGGAGUUAUCCAAUAUAUUUUUUUGGGAGAGGGUAAAGAUAUCUUAGACAAUUAUGUGAUUGAUUAACAGAGUAUGGAGACAAGACAGAGUAAUUUGGCAUAAAAUAAGUGCCAGAGAGUGCUGAGUUAUAGGGAGAAUCCUUGGGGUCAAUUUAUGAUUGUGGUUGCUGUUUGUUCUCUGGUGAGGGUGAAUGUUCUCUAUGUCAGACAGCAGCCAAGGAAUCAGAGGACAAGAAGUCCAGUUUACUGUGCCAUCUUCAGCUGAGUGGGGUAGUUGCUUGGGCUUUUUUGGUUGGUUGUUUCUGGCAGCCCACACCCUCCUUGGUAAGUGUAGCCCUUUUUCAGUGCAAGUGAGCCAGAGUAGGAACUGUUGAAACCUACCUGUGGAGCAAACCUGACAAGAUUCUGAUGGAUCACUGGGCUGUGCUGACUGAUGGUGCUCAGCCACCAGGUAUUUAGAUGUGCUCUGGGAGUGCCUUUGCAGGUGAGGGGCCUCAGACCCUUGUGACCUUUGCUUAGAAGCUUUUUUGUUUGGGCAAUAUUUACUGAGAGGCAUACAAUAUGCCACAGUCUAAACUGAUAUUCAAUGUUUUGACCGUGUAUUUAAUGUUUUGGGUUUUUUCCAAGUAACUGCAUGUUUCUCAGUGCUACUUAUUAAUGUGUUUUCCUCUUUCAUCCCCCAUUAGCUGUUUUCAGUACCAAUGUUUCUAAUGAAAUCCUCCCAUAUUUCCAGUGAAAAUGUUCAUAAUGCCAAGUAGUCACAAAUGAGCCAUAAAAUUUUAAUCUGUAAACUGUAAAGGAGCCCCAACCAAACAAAACUCCAUUAGCAAAACAUAAGAAAAAACCCCCACAUUUUCUGCCUUGUGAAUAACAACUUCAUGAAUAAUAAUGAAACUACGAUUUUCAUCCAGGUGAAAGAUCAGUCAAACUUUAAUGGCUGCAUCUUGGGUGAUUUGUUUGAGUUUAUUACAUGACAGUAGAAAGUGAGGGCUGUAGUUCAGGUAUUGUAGAUUCAUGUAGUGCAACUGUGGUGUUUAAAUGUGCCUCCACAGAAUGUGACCAAAGGCUUUCUUAGGUGUGACACAGUUAUAGCUGAAAUUCUCCCAUGUCACUGAAUGUCCCAUUGAACAUGCAGAAGUCUUAAUAUUGUCUGGUGCAUUUCUUGACCACUGGUUUCUGGGGGGAAGUUGGUAUAAGUUCCUAUAAGUGAGCAGGAUGAGAGCAAAAUAAAUUAUGUCCUAAAUUAAUUAUUUCCCUUUUCCUAUGUCUUUCUGACCUUUUCCUCCCUACAUUAAGGCUAAGAGACUUUCCAAGAAUUUAUUUCACAAACAAACAGCUAUAAAGUCUUUAAUAUUUAUAGCAUAAUCAGUUUGUUUUGAUGUCCGAGAUAGUUUUGAUCAGAGCCUUCCAGCUAAAAUAGUGCUGCCCACAAGACAACAUUUCCAAGUUCUUGAUUCAUGUAAGAAUUCCUCUCUGCUUAGUAAGUAAGUAAGCUGUUGGCUUAGACUUUGCUUUGAAGUCACUUAGACCACCCCAAGCAGUCCUUGGUCCUUUAGGUCCAGACACAUCAGCUUCUUAUCACUGCAUAGGAAGAAAGGUCUGGUUUUUUCUCCUCUUUCGGAGUUUUGUAACAUUGGAUUCAUAGGUUGCAUUGGAGAGAUGGGUGUCGACCUCCUGCCAUUCCCUGCCUGCCCUCUGCUGCUGUCUGUGCAGUGGCCAUGUGGGAUGGAGGGACAAGAAGGCAAGGGCAAACCCAUCAGCUAAAGCAGCAGCCCCUUUCUUCCCUCCCUCAUGCUCAGGAUAUGAGUGACAGGCCUCUGAAUAAAAGGCUAAUGGGACAAGGUACAUGAUUUGCAAAGUUGGUUUUCCUGCGGAAGUACGGGAACAUUGUGGAGUGACAUGAUAUGUUGCUCAGUGUUAGCACAGAGGGAGCCAUUAUCUGAGAACCGAAAAGGUUUGGCAGCAUAUGAGCUCCCUGUAUGGCACAGGCAUGUUUCACCUAGUGCUGCACAGAGAGGCCUUUACUAAAGCAAAGGGGACAAGUGAGCUGGGGCAGUCUGGGAGAGGCAGUCAGGCCAUACCCCGGGGUGCUCGCACAUGGGUGAGUCUGGUCACAAGAAAUGCAUUUGACCUGUACUGACCAUGGCCGGCUGCUGUGCUUGGAAUGGAUGUGGUCUGUGUGGGAAAUAAGGCUUUUAGAAGGCUGUGGAAGAGGCUCAGGUUUCAGCAUCAUGACUCAUUUUCCCAGUGGUUGACCAAAGCAGGGGGGAGGUGUGAUGAGAAGUACUCCUCCUAUCUUUCUCCCCAUCAAGAAAUGUCAAGGAGUGAAAACAAACAUCACCAGAAGUCUGAAGUUCAAAAAACCUGUAUCACAACAAGGUUACCAAAGCACAUGACUUCUCCCACAAGUCACUCUUGCAAAUGUGGAUUUUUCAUCUAGUUUGCAAUGAAGCAUUUGGUGUGUUUUCAAAACGCAGAAGAUUUUAGACACCCUCUGGUCUCACACAGUAUUUGCUGUUCAUGUAGCUGGCUGUGAAGAGAGACAGCUUGGCUAGUGAGGCUGGCUCUGGCACUGUUGUCUCAGGGCAGGAGCUGUGAGAACUGCAUCACCCUGACUAGUUUGAUACAAGCUUUUUGGGUUGGAUGUGCAUAACAUGCUUACAUUUUAAAAUGAAGUGAAAGUCAGUUACAAAAUCACAAAAACAUACAAAAGCCAUUAGUGGGAGAAGAGAUGCUGCCAAAACAUUGUUCUCUGGUUGCUCUCCAGUACUCCUGCCUAGUAUGCUCCCCCAAGACUAAAUUCCAGGUGCUGCCCUGGUGGAAGGUGGCACUCUACAUGACCCCAAAGGCUCGUUUCCAUUGUUGAAAGCACAGGCCAAGCAAUGUUUCUGUUGUUUUUCUCUAAGUCUUCAGUGAUUUCCAGUGAUGACUAGUCUAUUCAGUCUCUUGCUACCUCCUCCCUUUGCUCAAGGUGCCCUUCCUGAGCACCUCAGGCAGUCUCGGCAUUGUCACACCUGGGUGCCUGCAGAAGGCAGUGUUGUGUUCAACAUGCUUGUGCUGCUUUUGUACUUGAGCAUAAAUAAGAAAUUCUUCCACUAAGUAAACAGGGUUUGUCAGGCAAGAGGUUCUGUCCUCAGCACUAGGUCUGAGCACUAGGUUCCUUAUACUUUUUGUGUCAAAUCUGAUUGGUUGAUUAUAGCUAUAGCUAUUUUUGAUUUAUGAUUGAAAGGGUGAAAUGAAAAUAGGAUCUUGUUGAUGAAGAAGAUUCAAAUGAACAUUUGAACAAAUUAAUAAAGAAACUAGAGAAGUAAGACCAGGCACUAAUUCUUUAUCUGAGCAGUGCUAAACAAAAAAAUACACAAAGUAAACGUGUAUGUGUUUUGCAUUUGUGUGAGGUUUCAUAUCUCAGCCUUCUGUCUGGAAACUUUUAAUAUUAUACUCCUACAAGUUCCUUGACAAUGGGCUGCAGGUAACUGUAGUUUAUGAUCAAGCUGCUGCUGUAUUAUUGUACAGUUGUAUUUUGGGAGAGCAGACUGCUUGCUACACCUGGGUUUUCUGUUCCUUCCCAGCCCUCCCACUCUAAAACCAAUGCACAUUACAUCAGGUGGCUUUCAAAAUUAUAAGCUCAUCGCUAGAUCCUCUUUUCACUGUCCUACUUGGUUCAAGUUUUGAGAACAAUAGGAAAAGUAUUUUUAAAGGCUGAAGAUACUGCAAUACCAUAAGCACAGGAAAUUAUUGAUUGGUUUGAGAACUGGAGCCAUUGUAAGGUAACAGAUAUGCUGCUGUAUUUAAGAUGAAAAGUUUUUCUUCAAGUAGAAAUUGGGUUAUGUUCUUGGACUAUUAAAUACACUCUUGAUUCAGAAAUGCACAAAGCACCAUUUGUGCCACUUAAAGUUCACAUGGAAAAGCUGAAUCAUCCAAGCCAUCUGAAUGAUGCACACUCUUUGGUAGUUGUUUUCUUCAUCAGGCAGCUGGUGAUCUCUCUUCCUGUAUUCAGGGCUUGGGUGGGGGAGGAAAAAAGGAAGACAGAAAGGAGUCUCUAGGGUGGGGGGAGAAGCUAUUGCUUCAUGUGUGCAAACUUUUUGGUUUUCCUGAGAUCUCUCUAAAUUUGUGCUUUUCCAUUGAGCUUUGAAACCAUUCAUGGAAGCUGAUGGCAACGUUCUUGUUCCUUUGCGUCAGAAGGCAAAAAAGAAAAGUCAAGGGUUCUUUAUAAUGAGCCGACGGAGGAUAUCGUGCAAAGAGCUGGGGCAAGCCGAUUGCCAAGGAUGGCUCUACAAAAAGAAGGAAAAAGGAGCUUUCAUUGGCAACAAAUGGAAAAAGUUCUGGUGUGUGCUAAAGGAGUCGUCUCUGUAUUGGUACAGCAGUCAGCUGGCUGAAAAAGCAGAAGGAUUUAUAAGACUUCCAGACUUCAGUGUGGAUCGAGCAAUUGAAUGCAAAAAAAAGCAUGCUAUUAAGAUCAGCCACCCACAGAUCAAGACAUUUUAUUUUGCGGCAGAAAAUGUUCUGGAAAUGAACACGUGGCUAAGUAAGCUGGGAAUGGCUGUAGACCCUCAGGCACCAAACAGGAAGAACGAGGAAGAAUGCUACAGUGAAAGUGAGCAUGAUGAUCCAGAAAUAACAGACACGCCACCUCCACCCUACACAGUUCAGACCCCACCUCCUCCUUCGCAGGAUCAGCAGAAGUCAUCAUUCACCUCAACUCUGUCAAGUGAAGCAUCUUGUUCUCUCUCCUCUCCUGAAAGCACUUUCAAUUCCCAAGAAUCAUCGUCUUCCUUGACAUCCAAAGUGGUUUAUUCCGAGAGGCAGUCCUGGCUUGACCUGGUUACCAGCUCUGCCACGGAAGAGGGUGAUCAGCCUUUAACGUUCUGCGUACAGAUUCAUUCUGACGAGGCCCCAGACGUGGUCUGUGGGGAUGCAGCAGAAGACCAGGAAGUCCGGCUUUCUGCACCCAACGGUGGAUCCCAAACCUCUUACUUAGGUGCAGAUACACAUUGUCUAACUGUGCCAGAUGCAACAGGACAGCGAUUACCAGCCAGAGACCAGGAAAAGUGUGAUGAUGAUGAUGAAAUGGAGCGACUUUACAAGUCAUUGGAGCAAGCAAGCCUGUCUCCCAUUGGUGAUCGUCGACUGUCAACUAAGAAGGAGCUUAGGAAGUCAUUUAUCAAGCGCAGCAAAAACCCCUCCAUUAAUGAGAAACUCCACAAAAUUCGAAUGCUGAACAGUACAUUAAAGUGUAAGGAACAUGACCUGGCCACAAUUAACCAGUUGCUAGACGACCCAAAGUUGACAGCAGUGAAGUACAGAGAGUGGAGGAGCACAAACAUCAUGCUGGUCCAAGAUAUUUAUCAGCAGCAGGAGGUCCAGGACAUGUCCACAGAGAAUAGUGAGGAGCAAGAAAUUACUCCACAGCCAGUCACUGAAAGUGCUAUUUGAUCAAUUGCACAUGGCAAGAUUUUCUGCACGGGUCUUCACGUACAAGCAAUUUAAGCUGCUGUAUCUUGAGGUUUGUUUUUCGCAAGUGUGCUUCAAAAGGAAAACGACCCAUUCUCCAAAGUUUUAAAUGCUCUUGCAGAACUCAUUUAAUGUCAAAUGGGCAAGUUCCCCAAACUUGCACAAGUUGCCCAAAAAAGCACACCUGAAUGUAGCCUGCGUACGUAAGAAGACUAUUUAACAAAGCAGCAAAGAAACAUUUUUCAGUUUUUGGAGAAGAAAAUUCUAAGUGUCCAGCUCCUGGAGGACACAGAACUAUGUAAUAUCUACUGUAUAAAUAUGAGAUCCUUGGGAUUGUUUUGACCAUACAACUUACCUUGAAAUGAAGCUAAACUGAUCCAAACAGGAUGUAGUCUACUCUACCUUUUUACCCUCUAAGGUAACCUGAUGUACAUAUUUUCAUCUCUGUAUCCGUUUACUUUCACCACUCAACCAGUUUAAAUGGAGACAAAUGGAAGAGUAAUUAUGCAUGAUUUGAUACUGUAGACAGCUGCCAGGCACUCAGUUUGGGCUCUACCUGAUGUUUUGUGAGUAUCAAAUUUAUUUAUGGUCCAGACCAAGAAGGUACUGUCUUUCUACAUGAAGAAGAGGUCUCUAAGUUUUUGCUAACAUGUAAUUUACUCUUCAGUGAGACAAGAUUCAACUUUUCUUAUGGACAUGGCAGAAUUCCUUGGAAGAUUAUGUUCUUCUUUCUUAUUUUUGACAAUUGGGAGUAUAUAAGGUACAAGUUCAUCCCAGAGUCCAACUUAAGGAAGGUGAUCAUAUUCACAAGCCAGAAGCUAAAUGACUCAACUCCUAAUGUGGACCUGGAAGUGUAAAACAAAGCUGCAAAUAUUUUUGUAAAUAUAUGUAAUUUUAUGACUUAUAUGAAUGUGACUAUGUACUGUAUAGACGUUUAUUUAUAUAUUUAUAUAUGCGGAAUUUCUUAAUAUAAAUAGGCACAUGUGGACCAAGCCCACCCAGCUGUGAGUGCUUACAGAUUGACUUGAAAUGCCUCUUUAUUUUGUGUUCCAUUAUAGAUCAUGGUAAUGGCUCUGUAGCUGAGACUACCCUGAGGCAUAUGCUGUGACUCUUUCUUCUGCUUUUCUAGCUUUGAGUUUUAGAUGAAGAAGAUCUGUACAAUUUAGGGCCUGAAGAAAGUUUUCUAGACAGUUUCAAGAUUUCCCUUUGGGGGAAAAAAUAGAGGUUUUGCUGCAGGAUCAUGAUUUUUUGGCUUCAUUGUCCUUAGUACAUGGUUUUGGGCUUUUGCCUUCCUCUCUUCUGCAGUAUAAGAAAUUUUGCAGAGUGCUGAAUUUUGAAAAGCAAGAAUUAGUCCACCAUUCCCAAAUUAAUGUCACUAUAGGAACUGUGACAAUCUGCACUUCUGUUGCUAUUUCAUGAAGAUAUUAUUUGUCAUUUAUUUUCAAUACAGUUUAUCUUUUAAAGUAAAAUACACUAUAGGGAUGCAGCCAUAUUCAUCUCUCUUUAUACAUUUUAUGUUUUAUCACAGCUUGAUUGACAAAACAAAAGAUAAUGGUGUUAGUGGAAACAUGUGAAAUCUUUUCCACCUGUGUAGUGAUUUAUUUGAGUGUUGAUAUUGCAUUUUUGAUUCUCAGCAGCUGUUCUUUUAUAAUAGAGGCAAGGAAAUAGAUGAACAUGACUAAAUGGGGAAGCAGACACAAAACUCUGGAUGGUUAAAAAGCUAUUCUUUUCAGGAAAUCAUCAUAUGCGUGGUGAUUUCAUCACUUCACUAAGUAACUAGAAGUUAAGCAAGCUAAAUACCUGGUGCAAUUUGGUUUGGAGUAAUUGCGUCUUAAAAAUGGAGCCCAUUUUUGGGUUGCUUUUUUGUUCUUCUUUUUUUUUUUUUUUCUUUUCUUUUUUUUUUUUAAAUAAUUAUUCCACCAUUCUCAUUGAAAUGUUGUCAAUUAACUGCUAAGAGCACCCUGAAAAUUAGGAGUGUAGGGAUUAAUCUGCUUGGUCCAUUUAAUUUUUAACUACCUGGUGCUAAGUAAUGGAUAAAUAUUGGAGGACAAAUUGCAUGCACAUUUUCUGUCACAUAUGUGAGUUUCUCAUGUAAACACCAUUUUCCUUCAAAAUCAUCUUCACUUAGAUGCUGAAAAGAAGCACAUACUUAAGUGGCCUGUUGAGCUGGGCCAGACAAGUCAGUGCCUUGCAGUUCUGAGCAAAGUCUGAGUCAACUCCAUUUGCUGAAGUAGAUUUGCUGCCUACAAAGAAAAGCCUAUGUGGCCUGUACAUGCUGUGUUGGCUAUUUUCACACUGCACUUGUGUAAACAAAGACAAAACAGCUUUCCCAAAUCUAGAGACAAAGAGAUGCCCUUGGACUGCCCAAACUCUUCUAUUGGUUUUGACAGAUUACAUAGCCCGAAAUUGCUUUUAAAUUACUCUCUUUUAGAUGGUCAGUAGAUACUUAUUGUUGAACUAUUGAGGUUUUGGAGACCUACUGAGCAUGGGCUCAAUCACUGCUUAGAAAAGAACAGAAAAUUCUUGGACGGGGUUGCUUUAAUCCCAGUUAUAACUUUAACAAAUUUCUUUGUUCAGGAAAGCAAAUGUAUGGGUUUUAUGUACUGUGCAGGAAGUCUAACUCCACUCUCUCAGCUACUGCUUAGAUUCAAAAUAAUGGAAAGCGUGGAAAAUGCAAAGUGAAAAUUGCAGUGAAACAGGAUUAAUUUUCUGGCAUUGCUAAUUACUGUGACACUUUUCGCCUGGGUUUAUCACAAGGCGCUGCCCAGCAGCGUGAAAGCCAUAAUCAGAGACAGAAUUACGCACAAGCUGACAGCUACAGCGGGGAGCCACCUCAACAGGAGAAACUUGGACAAGUCUGUGCUCUGCUCGGUGAUGCUUGCAGUAACCGGUAUUUCUUGGUCUGGAUUGGAAGACCUGCACUAUUGACUCAUAGCAGAGGGAGCUGUGCAUCCCUAGUGUGUGAAUGUCAAGAAGUCUUUAACCAUCUGCCUCAAGGGAGAUGUUUUAUAUACUUUUUUGGGAGAAAGUAUGUGUGUGUGGAUACGUGCACAUGCACAAUUUUUCUUCUGUCAGUAAAGCCAGAUGGUGCAGCAAGUCCAGCAAUGGAGAUUUUGGAAUUCCUGGUAACAAUAUCUAAUUUCAACUGUUUCUGUAGCUUUUCUGGAAAUCUAAUCUCUCUGUUCUGGUGGUGUACAUCUCUUGAGAUACGAGAAUGAGGUGGGAUCACAUUUCCUUUGUUAUGAUGGAAGAGAUUCCAUGUGGGGAUUGUGAAUAUUUUUACAUCUAGCUCUGAUGAUUCAAUCAAUACUAGGGUUUCACCUUGUCAUGGUUUUUAGUGCAGCUGGAGAUGAAACACCAUGCAGGUGCUUGCUCAGCCCCCCUCUCUUUUCCUUCCCUAUCCCUGUGUAAUGGGGAGCAGAAUUGAAGUAAAAAUUGUAGGCUGAGACUAGAAAGGUUUUAUAAUUUAAAAUAAAGUAAAACACAACAGUAAUGGUAAAUAAUAAUAAUGAUAAAAAAGGAAAGAAACCCAAGCAAGUGAUGUACAAUGCAAUUGCUGACCACCCACUGACCUGCCAAACCCCUCUUCCCAAACCCAGGUGAGGCCCCCCUCCCAGGUAGCUGGUUUAUUUAUUUUGCCCCUGGUUUAUUUACCUGGCAUGAUGUUCUGUGAUGUGGAAUAUCCCUUUGGUCAGUUUGAGUUCCCUGUCCCAGCUAUGCUCCCUGCCCGUUUGGUUUUUUGUGUAUUUCCUCACUGGAAGAGCAGGAGACAAGGAAAAAUAUCCUUGACUUGGGAUAAACAUGGCUUAGCAAAAAACAAAGCACCAGUGUGUUACCAAUACCAUUCUCAUUCUGAAUCCAAAACACAGCACUGUAACAGCUACUGAAGCAGAAAUUAACUAUACCCUAACUGAUACCAGGAAUAAACAGGAAUAAAUAAUGUGCUACUUCUCUUUUUUGCAAAUAAUUUGAAUUUUGGGGGAUACCAUCAUAUUGAGAGAAAAGGCUGGUGUGGGGCCUUUUCAAGGAGGAAGGGGAAGAAAAAACAUGGUAUUUGAUUUAAAACUGUGUGGAAAUUCAGAAUUUAAAAUUAUCUCUAACUUGGAAAAAUUACGGGUGUGUUAAAUCUAUUGU